AUGUUCGGUCAUUACAGCAGCACGAUUGAGAUGGUUCGCCACGCAAAAGUACUCAUUUGUGAAGUGGUACUCGCACAAGCACAGCUUGUAGCUGAUGAUCCUGCAGAUGCGUUCUUGGUAGCGUCUCAAGCUGCAUUAGAUGCAGCUCAGCUUGCGUAUGCUGGUGCUGGACCAGAUAUUUUUGUUCCUGGCAUCAACGCGGGAGGUCUCCCUCAACCGAUUCCGGAACAUAAUACACUGGGUGAGAUUUUCGAUGACUGCUGCUUGGAAUGUUUCCAGAUGCUUCAUCUAACAGGAACGGUCUCGAUAAGUGGAUAUGACCAUACAGCGACCAAUUACUUUGCCAUAAUUUCUGAAGCUGCCACAAACCCUGGCGGGGGCAAUAAUCCUGUCCCUCUCCUUCUUUAUAUGUUGAACAAUGCGUCACUGGAUGAUCUCUUGAGUCCGGCAGUUGUGUAUAUGCAUAACCCUGAUGUUCGAGAACGCAAUAUCCUUUCCAGCCUUGUGAGUGUGGCUGAUAGAUCUCUCGAGGAAACUUGGAUAGAUCGAGUGCACGGGAUGGUAAUAGUGGGAGGACAACCAAUGCCAUUACCGCCUGCAGAGUUGACCAGGGAAUGUUCUGGUAGCUCAAAUGCAAUGGAUCAUUUAUCUUUCGCGCUUUAUUUGUGUGCAUUCCAGUUCGGGCUUGAAUUCGCCAAUGUGAAUGAUAGUCCCCCUACCCUCCCAUUGCGUAAUACAUGGUCUGCUGUACUGCGUCGUGCAGACAGUCCCGAUCUCACCAACAUCGUCACCCACAUGGCAUCAAUAUCAACUACCAUCAAUACCUGGAUCGAUGUUCCUACGAAUACGCCUGGCAUAAAUGGAUAUCCUGCAAUACUUUCCGGUCGGGCUACCCCUCACUUCUUGGCUAUUUGGUAUAAUAGGCCGUGGAUGGCAACUCGAAUCAUCAAUGGUCCACAUAUAAUCUCGGAUGAGCCCAGUGAUGUCCUCACGAGGAUUCCUGGGCCAUGGAGACUGGCCGGGUGGGCGGCUAUCCAACAUUUCAAUGCAGACGGUCUUGGCAUGCUUGAUGAAUGGGUCGAUUUAGCACGGCCUCGACUGACGCAUAGUCGACGAUAUCAUCAGUUAAUCGAUAUCCUUAAGAUGAUUAUAGUACAAUACCGAGAGGAACAUAGGAUUAUUACUGAUAAAUACGAGGCUAGGUGCUCUGUACUACCACCCGGUGCAAAUCCAGCCGUUCUUCAAGCUCUUGAACUGCAAAAAAAUAACUUGAUGGGUGGAAUUGAAGAUAUAGGCAGGCAGAUGAUUCGAACGAUUUUGGACAACAGUAUCGACUUUAAUGUCACGGCCGACAUCAGGCUGAAUCCCAAUUGGGAGAAUAUUAAUAUGAAAUUAGCUGACACUGUGGAGUUCACAAAGUUUGUUCGUGAGGACGUUGAGUCGAUACUUCGAUCGAGAGUCCCAAGGUUUGUCAUUGUGAAGCCAAUGAUGCAGGAGAUUGUGAAGUCUGCGGCAAGAACCACGCGGACUCGGAGUCGACGUGAAUCAUAG